AUGAGCGAAGGGGGGGCGCUGGCGCGCCUGUCGCCUGCGCAGAUCAAGCAGCUUCAGCGUGUAUUCUAUGCGCUGGACCGUGACGAGGACGGGAACGUGAGCGAGAGUGACCUCGCCAAGGCGCUGCGCAGUCUCGGCGCGCGCGACGCGCCGACCGAGGCAAAAGAGCACUUCCAGGCGGACGUGCUCGGCAGCGACGCUCCGGAACUCGACGCGACCAGCUUCCUGACGAUGAUGGCGACGCGUAUGGGGCCGGUGAGCGAUGCACGCAAGCUGCUCGAGGCGUUUGAAAGCUUUGACGAGCGCGACGAGGGCGUCGUCGACGUCGAUGUCGUGAAAGAGAUCCUGGCGAAUGACCAGGAGGCGAUCGAUCAGUGGCUCGUGCCGCCGUUCUUGGAUCGGACACGCAAGCGGUUCGAGUACCGAAAGUUUGUGGAAAUGCUGGGCAUGUGUGAAUGGACCGCGCUGGAGUAG